AUGGGUGUUGGGAACUGAGUGAGAGGAGGAAGGAGGAAGGAGAAAGGAGAAAGGAGAAAGAUGGCGGUGAGGCAAAGAGCAGUAACUGCGCUUCCGAAUCUGAUACGCAGUUUGCGGAAGGAGCCAUUGAAACCCAACAACCAUGUCCAUGCAUUGCCCUCUCUUCGACGCGCUUUCUCUUUGUACGAUCAGAUCAACCUCAUUGACCAAGUCCCUGACGAACAGCUUCGAUUUCAAGGGUAUAAUGAUACAGGGUUUACUGUAAAUGGGGUUGAAUAUGAAGGAAGCUUGCUUUGUGUUGGAAAUUUGCUCUUGUCUUGGAAACCAAAGAAGUUCUCAGAGAUAUCUGCUGAUAGCUUAUCGUUCUUCCAAAUUGUUCGUCCAAUUCCAGAGAUUUUGAUUCUUGGCUGUGGAAGGAACAUUCAACCUGUAGAUCCUGAAAUUAGACGGUUUAUUCGGUCUGCUGGCAUGAAGUUAGAAGCUGUUGACUCGAGAAAUGCAUCAUCAACUUUCAACAUACUGAAUGAAGAAGGUCGUGUUGUGGCUGCUGCUCUUCUUCCAUAUGGAGUUUCUUCAUGAAGCUUGGACCUACAUUCUUAGUAGCCACCACCACUUUCCAAAUGUAGAUUUAUCCCAAGUCCUUGGCGAUUGCUUUGGUUUUCCAUGUAGCAAGCUUUGACAUAGCAAUAGUACAUUGUGAAUUAAGAUGGUUAAUGGCAAAUCUCAAAUGUAAUAAGAAUAAUUAAAAUGUAUACACUGCAGCUCUUAUAAAUCCCAGCAAAACUGGCCUCUAGUUAGUGGCUGUCUGGUUUUAAUGCUAUGUCAUUUUCUUAGAGGUGAAACUAAAGCUCUAUAUUUCUUCUAUUAUUGGGUGUUGUUGCCCAAUCCUGGUUUUUUGUUUUUCCUA